AUGAGCUUUCAGACAUCUUCCGAGCAGUUUGAGGAGUUGGAGAGCCCUAGCACUAUACUUACAGAGCUUUUAGGCAAUGAAGAUUCGUCCACGUGGGAUCCAAUAGCCCUUCAAGACAUCAACCCCAAUUUGCUCGAUUGUUUUGAGACCAAUCACUUGUUUCAACCUACGCACUACCCAGAAUACGAUGAGGAGGAAGCCAAUUUCAACCAUGCUGGGGAUAGGGUCCAGAGAUCGGCGAUAGAGACCGAGCCAUCCUGUAGCACUCAACAACAAUUCAUGCAUAAAAAGUGGUAUGAGGCGGGUAAAAAGUUUCGACGACACGAAAAACGACACCAACGACGGUUCGAAUGCGGCGAGGAAAAGUGCCCCAUGACAUUUGCAACAUCCAAGGAGCGGAACGAGCACUCUUUUCGCUAUCACAAAACGUGGGCUAAAGAGAACAACGUACCUGAUCCAAGGCGACGUUGCCAGGUAUGCCGAACAAAAUUGUCAAAGGCGUCCUUCAUCAAGAGACAUUUGAAACGAUCUCCUGGCUGCAAUGCAGUCCUCGGAGGAUUGCCCACCAAGGAUCAGACUCUCAUGCUGUCUGACUCCGAGAAGGAUUGA